UCAGAAGAUGGGUUAAUGGUGCUUAUGAUAAUAGUAUGACGGUUUACGUUGUCCAAGAGCACAAAUCCGAAUAUCAGAAUGAUAUUCGAAUGACCACGCAAAUCUACCUCGUAUACAUUCUUGGUUUGUCUCAGUGGAUUUAUCUUUCUUCUCAGCUAUGAGGAAACGAGCCCCAUCAAUGGAGAAAAUUCUCAAUGGUCUAGUGAUAGCACGUACGAUUUUGGGUGAAUAGAGGCUUAUUUUAAGCCUGGUUUCAAGCCCAGUAAGAAGUUAUACCUAUUCUAAGAUUUUGAGUUCAAUACUAAGCCUCAUCAACAACUCACCUUCGUAUGUAGAUGUCAAGUGGUAUCGUAGCUGAAAAUUGUUGCUCGUGAAGUUAUGCGUUGGCGGCUUUGACUUGAGAUUUUGGAUAGAAUUGGCUUUUUUGGAGUAGAGCUGGGCGAUUUUGCUGAGUCGUUGAUUCGGAUACCUGCACGAGCUGUGUGAGUAGGCUCAUUUUGAGAAGAACAUGGUGAAUGAUCUUUUGUACGGGGAUGGGAUGGGAUGGCCAUGUGGGAUGUUGGUGAUGUUGUUGUUGUUGUUUUGAGUUGGUGUGAUAUUACUUGUAGUGCAGAUUUGUGGGAGAGAUAUAUAAAGAUGAGAAGUUUCCUCUUUUAUAUUCAUCCUCAUCUCAGUACAUCUUCUUCACACAUUACAGAUAAAAGAUCUAAUCAGCCAACCGACCAACAAGCCAAAUUCCCUCCUGCUCAACACCAACAUCACCAAAACAACAACAAAAUGCAGUUCUCCACACUCCUCACUCUCGUCACCUCCUUCGCAUUAACAAAUGCACUUCCCCUCUCUCCACCACUCAAUACCGCAUCCCUCACUUUCCAUGGUGCAGCAGGCGCUCAAUACACACUCUCCGUUCCUCUUGAUGGUUCAGUCACGACAACUAAUAAUGCAUUGAGCAUUUCAUCUAUUUCAACCAGUGGAUUUGAUGUUAAGCAGAAUUGUAGAAUCCAUGCUGUUGAUUAUACACCUGCUCUUGUUGUAAGUUUACUCCCUUCACAUCAACUUUACAAUCUCCCCUCUCCGCUUCUUGCCCCUACUAGUCCUGUUACUUCUCCGCAUAGAUCAACCACUAAUUCAUUCUUCUCACCCCAGGAAGGACCGGAUAAUACCUGGGUUGUUGGACCUCCCCAGACUAUCAUCGACAUCUCCUGUACCAGUGGAGGAUCUCCUCCUUCAGCAACCGUGAUCAAUAUUGAAUUAGACGGAGCAGCCGAUGCGAAAUAUUUCAUUAGUGUACCUCUUGGUGGUGGUCCAGUUUAUACAAGUUAGUAUUCUCUAUUUCUUAUUUCUCCUUUACACUUUCUACACUUUCCCGGCAUUUUUCCCCAUUACACUUCCGUCCCGCAGCUCAUCCCGCGCUUCCCCUCAUUUCCCUCCCCUGUCCUCCUCCCAGACCGCACAAACCUAGAGAAAAAGAAAAAAGAAAGAAACCUAACAAACUCCAGAUAACCCUCUCUCAAUCUCCCAAGUCCGCUCUACAUACUCCAACAUCCCCGCUUGUACCUUCAAUACCGUAGAUGUCAAACCAGCAUUCGUACAAAUCGCCACUGGGGUAUGGAAUAUGGGUCCUCCUCAAACUGUCAGAAGUGUUUCUUGUCCUGCAUAGAUUCCUUUUUGGAACUUGCUUGCUGCUGGCCAUGGGGUCGAUGGGUGAUGGUAAUGAGAGGUUGUGCUUGAGAGUUUGGUGUGGGAUCAGAUGAGAUGAGAUGAAUGGAGGGGGAUAAGAGGAUGAUUUCUUUAAUUAAUUUCUUUACGCGUUAAUAGGUAUUGGACGGUCCUUACUUUUCGAUUAUGAGAGGUAUGUAAUGAAUGGGGUGGAGAGGGAAAGGGUCCCGGCAUAUGCAUUCACAUCCACAUUCGCAUAAGCUUUUCCUCUACAUUUAGCUUGGUUCAUAUACACACAC